UUUUAUUUGGAUCUGGCAUUGCACCAUCAAACAAACACAACACACAAAAUUCAUUGUGCAAAAUGCCCCAAAAUCUAUGCCGGUGUGGGCCCCUGGUACUCGGCGCGGCGAACCGGGCUGUUUACUGCUCCGGGCCGCUGCUGGACGCCGUACAGAGGUCAAACAUGUUUCCGGACUGCAAGACUUUCGUGGACAUGAAGAGCAAGUAUUCGCCGGAGAGGGUGCUGGCCGACUAUGAGCUGUUCCGCAAUUGCCGGAAGAACGAUGGUUCCUUCCAGUUCCUGCAGAUGUUUGUAGAGAAACACUUUUUGGAGAAAGGCACCGAACUGGAGCAGUGGACACCGCCCGACUGGAAGUGUGAGCCGCCGUUCACCAAGAGAAUUGCCGAUCCGGAUCUGAGGAAAUUCGCGGUGGACCUAAACGGCUUGUGGAAGGUGCUGGGCCGGCGCAUGAAGGACGAGGUGAAGGAAAAUCCAGAGAAACACUCCAUCGUGUACGUCCCCAACCCAGUGAUUGUGCCGGGCGGCCGCUUCAUUGAGUUCUACUACUGGGACUCACUGUGGAUUAUCCGCGGUCUGCUGCUCUGUGGGAUGCACGAUACGGCCCGGGGCAUGAUCGACAACUUCCUCUCGAUAGUGCGACAGUACGGAUUCGUUCCGAAUGGAGGGCGCAUCUACUACUACGGACGCUCGCAGCCUCCGAUGCUGAUACACAUGAUGAAGUCCUACGUGGACAUAACCAUGGACGAGAAGUACGCCAUCCAGUCGCUGCCGCAGCUCGAGACCGAGUUCGACAACUUCAUCGAGAAACACCAGGUGCAGGUGAAGGGUCGCACCAUGUACCACUACAAGGACUGCUCGACGGGACCGCGACCGGAGUCGUAUCGGGAAGACGUGGCCAGUGCGGCGGACUUCUUGAGCGAGCCGGAGAAGGAGCGGCACUACACGCAGCUUAAGUCGGCCUGCGAGUCUGGCAUGGACUUUAGCUCGCGCUGGUUCAUUGCCAGGGAUGGAACGAAUCGGGGCACGCUGAAGGACAUCCAGACCACGUCGAUAGUGCCGGUCGAACUGAACGUGAUCCUCUUUCGCAGCGCAAAGAUCCUGGUCGAAUUCAAUCGCAAGGCGGGCAACACCGCCAAGGUGGAAGAGUACUCGGACAUUGCCUGCGGCCUCGUGAAGGCGGUGCGCGACGUCCUGUGGAAUGAGGAGGCGGGCAUCUGGCUGGACUACGAUCUGCUCAACAACAAACCGCGGCCCUACUUCUCCGCCUCCAACUUCUCGCCGCUGUGGGCCCGCGCCUAUCCCCUGGUGGACACUGAAAAGAUCGCAAGGGGCGUGAUGAACUACAUCAAGACGCACAAACUGGACGACUACCCCGGCGGAGUGCCCAACACAAUGAACAAGGAAACCGGCCAGCAGUGGGACUACCCGAACGUGUGGCCCCCCAUGAUGUUCAUGAUCAUCGACGGGCUGUACAAUCUGGGAACGCCCGAGGCCAGGACCAUGUCCGAGCGCUGGGCUCAUCGCUGGGUCAAGAACAACUACGAGGCCUACAGCCAAACGGGCUUCAUGUUCGAGAAGUACAAUUGCGAGAAAUUUGGCUCUGGUGGAGGUGGCGGGGAGUACCAGAAUCAGACGGGUUUCGGCUGGACCAACGGCAUCAUUCUCGAGUACCUCUUCAGGUAUGGCCAGGAGCUCUCCCUUGAGGAUAGCAGUGAUGUCCAUUGCAAGUGCAAGGCAGGAAAAGCGAGUAAAGCAGGCACAGGAGGCACUUUAAGUGACUGCCCGGAGACAAGUGACGCACGAAUGGACCCGAAAAAGAAUUACAUCAUCACCAGCGAGAACCAUAUCGACGCCUGUAAUAGCCCGUUUCUCAGCCCGAUUUCAAGUCCGGGUACCAGUCCGCAUAAAGCAGUGGACGAGACAUCCAAUCGGAUGAAACAGUCCCUCGUGGCGAACAUAGUCGGAAAUCCAGUGGUUCCCAGUCCGAGACGAUCCACGGGACGAUCAGUGCUUCCCAUUUCAGGACGAUCGACGAUCACCAGCUAUCCACAACUAGAGGAAGCUGCUGCGGGCGAGUACACUGAGCAUGUUGUUCCUCGGGAGCAAGCCUCUGCUAUUCCUUACAUUCGAGACCAGUCGGCUGCUAUUCCCAGUCCCGGACGAUCUACGAUACCUUCUCAACCAGGAUCCAGGCUCCCUUCCGUUGCUCGAGCACAAGACACUGAUAUUCCUCACAGUCGAGAACAAUCCGCUGCUUAUCCUAACACUCGAGAACAGUCCGCUGCUAUUCCCAGUCUCGGACGAUCUACGAUACCUUCUCAACCAGGAUCCAGGCUCCCGUCCGUUGCUCGAGCACAAGACACUGAUAUUCCUCACAGUCGAGAACAAUCCGCUGCUUAUCCUAACACUCGAGAACAGUCCGCUGCUAUUCCCAGUCUCGGACGAUCUACGAUACCUUCUCAACGAGGAUCCAGGCUCCCGUCCGUUGCUCGAGCACAAGACACUGAUAUUCCUCACAGUCGAGAACAAUCCGCUGCUUAUCCUAGCACUCGAGAACAGUCCGCUGCUAUUCCCAGUCUCGGACGAUCUACGAUACCUUCUCCACCAGGAUCCAGGCUCCCGUCCGUUGCUCGAGCACAAGACACUGAUAUUCCUCACAGUCGAGAACAAUCCGCUGCUUAUCCUAGCACUCGAGAACAGUCCGCUGCUAUUCCCAGUCUCGGACGAUCUACGAUACCUUCUCAACCAGGAUCCAGGCUCCCGUCCGUUGCUCGAGCACAAGACACUGAUAUUCCUCACAGUCGAGAACAGUCCGCUUUUGAUCCUCACAGUCGAGAACAGUCCGCUUUUGAUCCUCACACUCGAGAACAGUCCGCAGCUAUUCCCAGUCAAGGGCGAACCACGAUCGAGUACAUUAAUUCUCCGGAGCGUUACAUUCGAGAACAUAGCAGUGCUGUUCCCAGUCCGGCACGAUCUCCGACGCUUACAGUUGAGAACAAUACAAAUAAGCUGCUAAUCCUUACGGUUGAGAACAAUAACAACAAUAAUGUCAUUCUUAAUCAACGACAAUCAAGGAACGCGCCUCAGGCUGUUCCUCGAGAACAAACCAAUGGUACUCAAAGUCCGGGACAAUCACCUAUUCAACGAGAAUCCGGCAUCCCGUCUCCUGUGGACUACACUGCUUCUACUGAUCCUUACAGUCCGGAAAAAUCUGGUGUUGAUCCAUACGAUCGAGAUCAGUCCACUGUUGAUCCUUACAAUCGAGAAAAAGUCGCUGCAGAUCCUUACAAUACAGAACAGCACUCUGCAGAUCCUUACAGCCGAGAACAGUCCACUGCAGAUCCUUACAAUCGGGAAAAAUCGGCUGCAGAUCCUUACAAUCGAGAACAGUCCACUGCUGAUCCUUACAGUCGAGAAAAAUCAGCUGUUGAUCCCUAUAAUCGAGAACAGUCCACUGCUGAUCCUCACAGUCGAGAAAAGUCAGCUGCAGAUCCUUACAAUCGAGAACAGUCCACUGCUGAUCCUUACAGUCGAGAAAAAUCAGCUGUUGAUCCUUACAAUCGAGAACAGUCCACUGAAGAUCCUUACAAUCGCGAAAAAUCGGCUGCAGAUCCUUACAAUCGAGAACAGUCCACUGCUGAUCCUUACAGUCGAGAAAAAUCAGCUGUUGAUCCUUACAAUCGAGAACAGUCCACUGCUGAUCCUUACAGUCGAGAAAAAUCAGCUGUUGAUCCUUACAAUCGAGAACAGUCCACUGCAGAUCCUUACAAUCGGGAAAAAUCAGCUGCAGAUCCUUACAAUCGGGAUCAGUCCGCUGCAGGUCCUUACAGUCGUGAGCAAUCUGUUGCUGAUCCUUACAAUCAAGAAAGAUCCGCUGCAGACCCCUACACUCAAGAACAAUCAGCUGAAGAUCCUUACCCUCGAGAGCAAGGCCCUGUUGAUCCUUACAAACGACCACAACUCUGUGGGGCUCCCAACUGUCCAGGACAACACAGGAUCCUGGCCGCUAUCCCGUUCACUGCUGCUGCUGUUCCUUACAAUACCACUACCGUGCCUCACAGUAGAGAGCAAGACGAUGCUGAUCCCAGCCAGGAGCGUUCCCCGGUUCCUGUUCAUCGAGAAACCAGGUUCGCUUCCUGUCACCAGAGUGACCCUCUUUCUGUGCCUCGAGAACAAGUCGCAUCACUGGCUCACACCGCAGCUGGGGCACAGAUGCAUAUGGUAGCACCCAACAGAGGUUCUCCCUGUGGGUGUGCAAUCAACUCACCCCAAACUUCGGGGCUUCAGCAGAGCGCAGAAAGCGUUGGCCCCCAACACAGUAGAAGCCAUUCGGGAUACGAUGGUCCAGAUCCUCCACAAGGCUGCCCCAUCUGUCCGCACUGUGGCGGCAUCCAGGAAGAACCGACCGUAGACUCUAAGGCAACAAACCAGCCAUCGGUAACAGGUAUGCCAGUGAAGAAAGUGGUGCCAGUUAGACCAGUGAAGCCAGAGAUGCCAUCGGAUUGUGAAUGUGAAACGCCGCCUAUCAGUAGCACCAAGCUCCCGGCCGUCAAGCUGUUCCCACUGGCCGAUCCAAAAGACACAGAUUGUCCGGAGGAAUCCAAGACCGUCGAUACGUUGUGCUGCGGUUGCCCCAUUGACCCCAAGUAAAAAUCUGACCAAAAACUGUAAAAUUCCAAAUUUCAAUCUCAAUAUAGACACUGCCGAAAAAAAA